CGUGGGGUCUGAGCAGUUACUUAUAGGAGCGGUGUCUCAGCUUCCCUUACUGUUUGCGGCCUGUCGUGCUACUCAGUCCCUGUGCUCUCUCCCUGUGCCAACCUGUCCGGGCUGCGACGAGCAUGAUGUGACACUGGCAGGUGUGUGCAUGCUGAAACCUGAACCUGACUGCGCAGAUAUGUAGAAGCUAGAUCACCAAGAGACCAUUUAUUUGCAGAGGCCUGGGCCAUAUAUCUGUCAGUAAAUACAUGUCAAUUAAAAAAAAUUAGAAAUCAAACCAGAGCUUCAUGGAGCAAACUAACAAUGAGCCUUCACUUAAUAACCUAGACAACGGUACCAGGCCCACAGACCCUGAGUGCAGGAAGCCUAGUGAAUCGGAACAUUCAUUGUCCAAGAUAACACAGAAUGCUCUGGAGAAUUUUGGUUCCCUGGGCCAGGGAUUAAAGCAGCUCUUUCACCCCCAGCGGCGCCGAUCUUCUGUCUCCCCCCAGGAUGGCCUCCAUGCUCAGGCUGACCAGGAGUCCCCGAGUCCAGAAACUACCAGCCCAGCCACGGAGCUGGGCUUGCCUGUUCCAUCCCACCAGCCCCCCAGCCAGGCUACUACGCUCAACAGGGUCCUGCAGCAGAUCCGGGUGACGCCCAUGAUGAAGCGCGGUUCGAGCCUGCACAGUCGCAGAAGCAAGUUGGACACUCCCCGAGGCAGCCCGCAAACGUCCCAUAAGCCGGCCUCGGAUGGUAUGAGCUGUCUCCUGUCACACUCCAGUAGACCCCGAUCUGCUUCCACCACUGAUGCGCCGACAUCCUCGUCGUUUGUGGAGCCAGUGACCUUCAGUCCUCAUGUGGGAGAUGAGCUGGAUCGGAUUGAGCGGCUGGAGCUGAACAGCUUGGCCCCGUCAAGUGUGAUAGCCUCAGGCUCUGAUGGCGGGGUCAGCACGGAGAGCGUGGACAGCGGCCUGGACCCACAGAGGACUAGGGCAGCCAUUGCCCAGCUCCAGCAGAAGGUACUCCGGCUGACCGAGCAGCUGAAAGUGGAGCAGACGGUGCGCGAUGACAAUGUGGCUGAGUACCUGAAACUGGUGGGCAGCGCAGACCGCCAGCAGGGCAGCCGUAUCAAGCACGCCUUCGAGAAGAAGAACCAGAAGUCAGCCCAGGCCAUCCUACAGCUGCAGCGCAAGCUGGAACACUACCACCACAAGCUGCGGGAGGUCGAGCACAACGGCAUUCCCCGGCAGCCCAAGGACGUGCUGCGGGAUGUGCAGCAGGGCCUGAGAGACGUGGGUGCCAAGGUGACAGGCUUCAGCGAGGGGGUGGUAGGCAGCAUGAGGGGUGGCCUGUCCAGCUUCUCCCAGGCCACUCACACAGCUGCGUCACUCCUGCGGAACCGGUUCGGCAGCGCAGACAAUAUCCCAGGCCUGAAGGAGCCACUGGACGAAGGACAGGCCGAGGAGUGCCUCAAGGCCCUGGGCAUCUGCGGCCAGCUGCAGUUUGGCUCGCGGUACGGCAGCGAGGAGGAGUGCUCCAGCGGCACCUCAGGCUCGGGGGCCAACAGCACGUCCGGGGUCCCCCUGGAGCCAUCCACCUCGAAAACCAACACCCUGGAGCUGCCCGGUUCCGGGUUUGAGGGAAUCUUGCAGGAGUUUAACCAGGUGAAGGAGAACCAGGCUCGACUGGAGGAGUCGUUUGACAGGCUGAAAUCUCACUACCAGAGGGAUUAUACCCUUAUGCUGCAAACACUACAGGAAGAACGAUACAGGUGUGAGCGACUCGAGGAUCAGCUGAAUGAUCUGACUGAGCUUCACCAGAACGAGAUUCAUAACCUCAAGCAGGAGCUGGCGAGUAUGGAGGAGAAGAUUGCUUACCAGUCUUAUGAGCGAGCCCGAGACAUCCAGGAAGCCCUGGAGGCGUGUCAGACCCGAAUCUCCAAGAUGGAGCUGCAGCAACAGCAGCAGCAGGUGGUACAACUGGAGGGCCUGGAGAACGGCACAGCGCGUACCCUCCUGGGGAAACUCAUCAACGUGCUGCUGGCUGUCAUGGCCGUCCUCCUGGUGUUUGUGUCCACACUGGUGCCGUUGAUGAAGACGCGCAGCAGGACUUUUAGCACUUUGUUCUUCCUGGUCUUUCUGGGCCUAACCUGGAGGAACUGGCAGGCCAUCAGUGGCUCCCUGGGGCAACUCAUUCCUGUUCUGACGUGACCCCAAGCCCAGGACGUGGGCCCCAGUGAAUGGAAUACACGUGGAAUCGGAGAUGGAAAAGACACCACCUCUAUCCUUGACUGGGAGUUGCUGACAGCGUUUGAAGGUCACAGCAAAUUAGUUGGCAUUUGAGUCAUAACUGUGAAUUCUCCUCCAGCACAAGUACAGACUGAGUGAGGAUAGAUGGACGGAAGGGCUGUGAGCUUGGUUAUUUAACAAUAACCCCUCCCCACUCCAUCUCCAAAUCGCUGUUAGGGGACAGGGGAGAAUGGAAUCGAUAACAGCAUUGCUGCCUAAAAUUUAGUGCACAGUGUACUUUGUUUAUUUUUCUGAGUAAUCUUUUGUAUUUAAUUUGACUAUGCCCAGACCUGCUUUAUGGAGAAGUAGCUCACUGAAAUAAGAGCACAUUCCAUCAUCAGCAGGUUGAUCCAGGGUUGUUAUGUCAGUCUCUUUACCAUGACCUGGGUUGAAAGACUCAAGACUGGGAUGGACUUGAAGUAAUUGUUGCUAAGUCACGGCCUCCUCCUGACACUGGCCAAAUGACAGUGCUGCAUCCUGUGGACUGAUGAUGCCACAGUUAUUAGGGAUAUCUAAUAGAGCUCCUACUUGCUGCAUUCAAAACCCAUGCACUCCUCCCUUGACGUACACAUCCCUUGCCUACUCCCUGAACGCAACCCUAUCCCGUUUUGACUAACAGACUUGAAGAGUGACACUCAAGAGCAUCUCAGUGCUCCCUCAUUGCUUGAGACAAAUACCAACUUAAGAGAUUUUGUUUUUAACAUUCAAACAGCAGCAAAGAGUUUGAAUAAUUCAAAUGAAGUGACAACUUGUGAGCCCAAUGCCUAUUGCCCAACUCCUGGCUGUCCGAGCACAGAAGAGGUAAACAGGAUCACUGAAAACUGGCCACUCCUGCCUUUUCUAAAAUGGCAGUUUUAUGAAACCCUAUGGUAGAUGAUGAUGCUUGGAAUGAGAUUUUUUUUUAAAAGUCAACAGGUUCAAAAUAAAGUGUUGUGUUCUUCCUAUCAGCGCAGAGUGUGAAGCUAUGAAUGUACACUGCUCCAGCCAAUAAUAGGAGCGGUGGCACCCUCAGUGCUACAGAUGUGAAUGAGGCUGGGAAACAUUUGAAUUCCUUCAGUGAUGACUAGGUUAAGCUUCUUGCUGCUCCACCCUAUCAAUGGCAUCCACAGCUUAUUGAUUGUUGCAGUUGUCAGCAGCAGUCCAUGUACUGUACUUAAAUAAAG